UGUGUGGCGGGGGGCGGGCUCUGCGCCCGCAAGCAGGGCUCAGCUCUGAGCGUGGCAUCCUGACUUGCCCGCUGCGAGGGGCAGGGCGCCGCAGUGCCGUAGUAGCGGGCAGCCGAGACGCACCGCUCGGGAGCCGCGGGUACCGGAGCGGGCAGAGACCCCGGCGCUGCCUAACCCCCACCGGGCCGCCCGAGCUCCAACCCCCUACCCGGGAGGGCUGCGCGGGCCGCAAGACGCCCAGACGCCAGCCUCGGUCCCCUUUCAGUCUCUCGGUUCAUCUUUCCUCCCAAGUAAGGGAAUAAGCCCCAAGGAAGGAGCGCUCAGGAGAACCGCGCAACAAAGUGUUGCAUGCUGAGGAAAAGCAAGGAUUUCUGAAUUUACCGUGACUACAGAUAGAAGGAUGUUGCCUUAGGAAUAGCAGAGGUCUUCUCUCAGCUGCUAAACAGUGCCCGCUGCUGCCAUAGACACUUGGGUCCUCGAGAAAUCUCCUGAAGGACUUGUCCAUUGUGUACUUGCAAUGAGCCAGGCCCUAGGCUGGGCCUUGGCUACAGCCUGGUGAGCAAAACUCUCUCCCUAGCCUCAAGCGCGCACACCCAGGAAAGAUGAGUGAAGAACGGUGGGUCUCCCUCACUCCAGAAGAAUUUGGCCAACUCCAGAAAUACGCAGAAUAUUCUUCCAAGAAGAUAAAUGAUGUCUUGGCUGAAUUUAAUGAGGGUGGGAGCCUCAAACAAUAUGACCCACAUGAGCCUAUUAGCUAUGACGUCUUCAAGCUGUUCAUGAGGGCGUACCUGGAGGUGGACCUUCCACAGCCACUGAGCACACACCUCUUCCUGGCCUUCAGCCAGAAGCCCAGACAGGAUACCCCGUCCCAACCAAAGGAGGGGGCCAGCAACAGCGAAGCCAGUGGCCCAGAUUCCAACAUACAGAAUGCAGAUAAUGCUGCCAAAGCAGACGAGGCUUGUGCCCCUGACGUGGAAUCUAAGAUCACGGAGAAGCAAGUGCCAACUAAAGACCAAGUGUCUGCGACCCCCGUGGGAAACCAUGAUGCUCAGUCUUCAGGCUCAGAAUCCCACAUAGUGUACCUGAAGGAUGUCAUGUGUUACCUGUCCUUGCUGGAAACGGGGAGACCUCAGGAUAAGCUAGAGUUCAUGUUUCGUCUCUAUGAUUCGGAUGAGAAUGGUCUCCUGGACCAAGCGGAGAUGGAUCGUAUUGUCAACCAGAUGCUACACAUUGCCCAGUAUCUCGAGUGGGAUCCCACGGAGCUAAGGCCUAUAUUGAAGGAGAUGUUACAAGGGAUGGACUACGACCGGGAUGGCUUUGUGUCUCUCCAGGAGUGGGUCCACGGAGGGAUGACCACCAUCCCAUUGCUCGUCCUCCUGGGCAUGGACGACUCUGGCUCCAAGGGGGACGGGAGGCACGCCUGGACCAUGAAGCAUUUCAAGAAACCAACCUACUGCAACUUCUGCCAUGUCAUGCUGAUGGGCGCUCGGAAGCAAGGCCUGUGCUGCAUUUACUGUAAAUACACUGUCCAUGAACGCUGUGUAUCCAAAAACAUUCCUGGGUGUAUCAAAACGAACUCAAAAACCAAAAGGGGCGGCGAGGGGAUGCAGCACGCGUGGGUGGAAGGGAAUUCCUCUGUCAAGUGUGACCGGUGCCACAAAAGUAUCAAGUGCUACCAGAGUGUCACCGCGCGGCACUGCCUGUGGUGCCGGAUGAUGUUUCACCGCAAAUGUGAAUUGUCAACUUUGUGUGACGGUGGGGAGCUCAGAGACCAUAUUUUGCUGCCCACGUCAAUAUGCCCCAUCACCCGGGACAGGCAAGAUGGGAAGUCUGAUGGUAGCAUGUCAGCCAAGGAUGAACUUGUAACACAGUAUAAGAUCAUCCCCACCCCGGGUACCCACCCCCUGCUGGUUUUGGUGAACCCCAAGAGUGGAGGGAGACAAGGAGAAAGAAUUCUUCGGAAAUUCCACUAUCUGCUCAACCCCAAACAAGUUUUCAACCUGGACAAUGGGGGGCCUACUCCAGGACUCAACUUUUUCCGUGAUACUCCAGACUUCCGUGUCUUGGCCUGCGGAGGAGAUGGGACAGUUGGCUGGAUUUUGGAUUGCAUUGAUAAGGCCAACUUCGCAAAGCAUCCACCCGUGGCUGUCCUGCCUCUUGGAACGGGAAAUGACCUGGCCCGCUGUCUCCGCUGGGGAGGGGGUUAUGAAGGGGGCAGCCUGACAAAAAUCCUGAAGGACAUUGAGCAGAGCCCCUUGGUGAUGCUGGACCGCUGGCAUCUGGAAGUCAUCCCCAGAGAGGAGGUGGAGAAUGGGGACCAGGUCCCGUACAACAUCAUGAACAACUACUUCUCCAUCGGCGUGGAUGCUUCCAUCGCACACAGAUUCCACGUGAUGAGAGAAAAACACCCUGAAAAAUUCAACAGCAGGAUGAAGAACAAGCUGUGGUACUUUGAAUUCGGCACCUCAGAGACCUUCGCAGCCACCUGCAAGAAACUCCACGACCACAUAGAGUUGGAGUGUGACGGAGUUGGGGUGGACCUGAGCGGCAUCUUCCUUGAAGGCAUUGCUAUUCUCAACAUUCCCAGCAUGUACGGUGGCACCAAUCUCUGGGGAGAAACCAAGAAGAACCGGGCUGUGAUCCGGGAAAGCAGGAAGGUCGUCACUGACCCCAAGGAACUGAAAUUCUGCAUUCAAGACCUCAGUGACCAGCUUCUUGAAGUGGUGGGGCUAGAGGGAGCCAUGGAAAUGGGGCAGAUCUACACUGGCCUGAAGAGUGCAGGCAGGAGGCUGGCCCAGUGCUCCUCUGUCUCCAUCAGGACGAACAAGCUGCUGCCAAUGCAAGUGGACGGAGAGCCCUGGAUGCAGCCACCUUGCAUGAUUAAAAUUACUCACAAGAACCAAGCGCCUAUGAUGAUGGGGCCCGCCCAGAAGAGCAGCUUCUUUUCUCUGAGGAGGAAGAGCCGUUCAAAAGACUAGACACUAUGCCCAAUGCCAGUUCAACCAAGAGAGAAGACAAGAAACUGAAGCACACACAUACACACAUACACACCACACACACACACACACAUGCACACACACACACACACACACUCUUCUCCAACCAGUGGAAGCCAAGCCACCCUUCAGCAAGAAGGCUUCACCCUGACAUCCAUUCUAUUUCAACCAUGGACACACUCCAACAGAGCCAGUGCCGGCAGGACAUUGUGAAUGGACUUAGAGCCCUCCAGGGUGCAGCUGGCUCCCACUUUCCCAGAAGACCUUGAGCGGGACUUUCUGAGACUGAAGGAGAAACCCCCCCUUUCUUUCCACCACCCCUGCAAGUUUCCCCGCCGCUCUCAAGGAGCAGGCUGCAGGUUUCCUGUCUAAGGGGAGAUCGGAUGUGGCCAAGGGAAAGAGCCUGCGUUCCAGGGGACGCUCACAAAGGUCCCUCUGUGAGGAGACAAAAACACCUCCAACUCUCAGAUCGCAGCCCUUGGCAGGACUCAGCAUACGCACGCUAGUUUCUUGGUUGUCCUUCGAGUGACAGCUUCUCCCGGAACUUGCUGAGGAGGCAGAAAGGCUGUGGAAAGCUGUGUUUCCCUUCUUGGUUCUGCGCACCCUCAGUGGGCACUGGUGAUUUUCCUGAAGCCUUCUGCUGGCUGUGUGUUUGUUUAGAGCCGGCUCCAAGAGCCCCCAGAGCUGCCUACAUAGCACACCUUAGAUGUGGUAUUUAUUUUCUUAGUUCUGUGAACACCUGGGAGGGAAAGCAGAGAAACUGAGAUUUAUUUUUCAAAUUGGUGUCAUAAUAUUGUGUAAAAAGGGAAGAAAAAAAAAAAAACCACCCCCAGCUUCUUUCUUUUUCAAGCCACAGCGUGUUUCCUGUUUGAGUUCCAAGCCCUGGUGGCAGACUAUUCCUGAAGGCAAAGAAGAUGGGAGGGAAGGGCCUUUUGCUCAGGAGACCGGGAGACAAGGCGUCAGGCAGUUCCCUCCUGCCUCUGCAACGACCACUCCCCAAGCACGACCUGAAGGCCCUACUGAAGGUCUUAGGUGUGUGUACUUAUAUGUAGCAUAUAUAUAUUUAUAUAUACAAAUAUUUAUUUACUGGUGGAUUUUUCUGGAUUGAAAAAAAUAUGCAGUACAAGAACAGAAAGUGGGAAAGAAAAAGAAGGCUCUGACUCCCCGUUUCUGCCAUUUCAUUGUCAAGGCACAUUGCCUUGUGGUGAUCAUGAGAUUUAAGGGAAAUUAAAGUAUCUCCUUAUCAUAAAGAGACUGAGAAUUUCUAUUCUGGAUCCUCAAAACAACAUGAAAGCUAUGCUGGGCAGGAUUUACUCUCCCACUUGUCAGAUAAGGAAACUGAGUCUCGGAAAAGUUAAGAGACUUGUCCAUGGUAUCUUGGCUAAUGUGGUUUGGGACUAGGUACCACUAAGAAGAUAUGUAACAGGGAAAAGAAACUACACAUCUUGGAAAAGGGUCAUUUCUGGUCACUGAGAAGCGAUUCCAUUUGGAUCCAGGUUGCCAGAGAGGAAUGAACGUGUGGCACAUGUGUGGACGGGACAAGCCCACAUGAGAGAAUGAGGCCUCCCAAUACUUCCCAGAGACUCUCUCUGGCCUGACCUGGUGAGAAGUUGGUCCAGGGUUGAAGGCAGUGGACAGAUCUUCAAAUUAAACUCUCCACAUGUCACCUCAUCAUGGUCACCAUAGUCUCUUAAUCUAGAAACCCCUCUGGCUGCCCGGAUGACCUCAGGACAGAGGCACCUCAGCAGGGAGCUGCCAGCCAGUGCCCAGAGGGGCCUCAGCAGAGUUCAGUGGGCUUCAUUCAGCUGGCAACAGCAUCACCGCCCUCCCCGAGGGCAAGUCUGUGGAGAGCUUUGUUGGUAAAAAGAAACAUUCACCUCGCCACCUUUGCUCCUUCAGCCUCCACCCCCUCUGAGAUUUCCGAAAAGGAAACCUGGACCCACUCGACAUCACUCCACUGAGCUCCCUCUGAUCUCCUAACACUGGGUCAGGAACUUUGCGCAAGGAAGGGAAAAUUAAGAUUGUGUGUACAAACUGAUCCUAACUCUGAAAGAAGGAGUCAUCUAGGACCGUCUAAGACAGAGAUCUAGAACCAUCCUGUUCAACCUAACAGUGCAGACCGCUGGGCAAGGGGAAAGCAGGCCACCUGAAGAAUGUCCUGAAUGAUGGGCUCCUUGGGGAUGGGACUAACAAGCUCAGAAUGACAACAGGUACUAUCUUGGAAGCCACUUGAUUCUGAAAUGAAGGCAGGUUCAGUUUGGGGUCACUGAUUCUAAGACAUCUGCAGAAAUUCUUGAAUGUGUUUCAGCCUCAGCCCCCCAAGAUUGAGGCUGUUGAGGCAUGGCACUAUCAACAGGUGAAAGUGAUUCUUAGAGACUCACAAGUCAGAGACUGGCCCCUGCCUGCCCACUGUGGUGCACAUGACUGGCAAUGUUGCUUGAGAGACAUGGCCCAUGUCCUCCUUAAAGCCACAAAGUAUAGCAAACAUCAGUGGAAUUGUACUUUCAAUUUUGUAACCUCAGUAAGUCUGGUGGUGGUGUUUAAUCUGACUUUGCAACUCAUCCCUUAACUACUGGGACUGUGGUUUCUCACUGUGGAGUACCUCAUCAUAGUGCUCCUCACAGCAACCCCUGAGGUUGACAGAGAGGAUAUUAUUAGCCCCAUCUAAAUAAUGAGGAAAGCAAGGCUUACUAUAAUUUAGUGACUUCUCAAAGUUAGGCAGUCAAGGGAGAAUCCUCCCUUAUUCCUCAUCGCAUUCUGAUUCUGGCCGUGCCCCAGACAUGUUCUCACCUGCCCCCACAGUUCUACCCCUCUAGCAGUAAAAAGAAUGAAACAGGAAGUCUUCAAUACAUUAUGUUGUCCCUGGACUAAUGGGCUAGGCGUUGCAUCUCAUUAUGACUUGGUCUUUGUAGGUUUCCUCCAGUGAGUUGAGAAUGGAGACAGACUUAGUAGAAUGAUUAUAUUUCAGGUCAGAGACCAGCUCCUCUCAAGAGAGUUCUUUCCACAGAUGGAAAAGAUAUGUUAAAAUUGCCAAAUAAAUUAGGAAAUACUUGGCAGAAUCUGGAAGAACCUCCAGACUGGCGUUACAUAACAUGCAUAUACAUUAUACAUAUGGACAUUAUAUAAGGUGACAUAGUACUUAAUGUGCUGUAUAUAUUAUGUAAAUUACAUAUUUGUGAGUAAUCAUGAUAAAUAUAGAGACCCACUAAUCACUUUUUUACACAUACCCAGUGACAGAUUAGGAAGUUACUUUGCCAGAGAGUCUUAAAACUUACUCUCUCCUGCUGCUUUGGUUCCAACUCCUGCCAAAAAUAAUUGCAUCAACUUUUCCCAUCUCUAGCCCCCUCUCCUCUUAGCCAAAACCCUCAGUCCUAGCUAGGCUGUACCUUCCAUGGAACACUACCAUGAUUGAGAUCCAUAAAAAUAGAUUCUGGGGAUGGGAAGGAUCUAGACUCCCAGAUUCCCUGUGUCACCGACCUACACCCCAAGGCUCCCAGGCAGGUGGAUGUCUAAUGCUGAUAUUAAAGGGAGAGAGAAGGGGAGAGGGGAGGAGUCUACCAACCCUCCAAGGAAGGAAACUUCAGUGUUCCUUGGCCACCAGUCCCAGGAUCUGACCAUAAUCAAUCAGGAAGUUAUUUCAAAGGUCUAGUUUAAGUUUCUGCAGCAUAUCUGAAACCAUAAUUUCCUAAAAUGUGUUUCACACAAUACCAGUAUCCAUAAAAUGCUCCAUGAACAAAAGAGUUCUGUGGUCAAAUACUAGAUCCCCUUCUAGAAGAAAUGGUGGGCUUUGAUUUGUCUGUUGACGUCCAUAGAUUAGAAACACUGCCUUAAGCCCACCAUUUCUUCUUUUUGUUCUCCGUGGAGAUGGGAACAUGGAAGUAACCAUCCUCUGCAAUAAUAUUCCAUAAAGUACUUUUCUAGGACAAGGAACUUCUCUUCUUAAGACACUCUUUCUAGUUUCUUCUGUGAUUGUUUAACUACUUUUAUGGUUCCCCUCUACGUGUCUUCAAGCAAGAAUCAAGGAUCUGGCCUCUUUGCUUCCUGAGUGGAGAAGGGAUUGGGGAAAAAUUAAGGGGAAAACAGGAUAGCUGCCAGGGGCCAGAUUUCAUCUGUGUAGCUCUAGAGGACAGAACCAGGUCUAAAGAACACAGUUGUGGAAAGGAUCGAUGUUUAUUCAGUUUAAUAACCACUCUUGGAGCUAGCUGGCUGAAUAUGGACACAGCUCACUUGUGAGGGAGUGAACAGCCACCUCCUCUUAUAGGAAGAGCCUUGACCUAGUUGAGGAGGAACAAGAGGUGAUUGAUCUACCUUGUUUAAAAGCUGUUGAAACUAUUUUAGUAGGCAUCAGUGUUAAAUCAAUAGGUCUAGUACUUCCUUUUGAGCAGCAAACCUCAGUGUCCAUUGUUUUCUGGAAGAGUGAAAGAUGACUCCCAGAGAGAUUUCUGGAUCCGAAAAUAAUAUUCAUAAAGUAGUUUUCUAAAGUACUUUGCUCCUUGUUCUAGAAAAGUACUUUCUGGUCUAACUGGUACUGACCAGUUAGACCACACUUGUACAUGGUGGGAUUGACCAGAAUCAUUGGCGCCCUCAAGGGCAGCUAGUGGUGGUGGUGACCUUUCCUUGGCAGCUCUGAAAGUUAAAGGAAUGAGUUACAGUGUUAAGCCCAAAAGAGAUUUUGCAUUUCUGUUGGUGUUCGUAUUAGCAGUUUGGAACUGCUCUCCUACUCACGAGUACCAGACCUGCAUCCGACUUGCAAUAAAUAGCAAGGAAAAAGAAACUAUCCUACAUCUCAAAUACCAGUCACGUUUUGCAUAAAACAGGUGAACAGAAUUGUGUAGGAUUUCACAUGGGGCCGUCAUUUUUAGCGCACCUUAACGUUCCACCAUACUCAAGUACAUAUUUUAAAUUUCUACUAUAGAAAGAAAACAGGAAAGGGAAUUCUCAUUUAUGGCUUGCUGAGUACAGGGCACUGUGUCAAGGCCUUUUCAUGUGCUAUCCCAUUUAAUCCUCAUGAUCUGGGCAUUUGGCUUAUUUCACAGAAAAAGGAGUUAGUGUAUAGAAAGGUGAAGUACCUUGUCCAAGGUCAAACAGAUAGCAACUAGUAGAGCAAAGACUUGACAUGGGUCAGUCUUACAUCAGCAUUUAUGCUUUUUCUACUAUGUUCUAAUGCCUUUAACCUUCUUAUCUCACUAUUUCCAACCCUACCAUCAUCCUGGGUGAGAUUACACAGCAGUGAAAAAUUGAUGUCCUACCUGGUCAACCUCUGUAUUGGGGAUGGGACUAACAAGCUCAGAAUGACAACAGGUACUACUCAUGUUCCUACUGAAGAACUUCCAGUGCUUGCUCAUAUGGAAACUCAACAGCCUCUAUGGGCAGCUAGAACCCAAAACUUCACCCUUGCAAUCAAACUGGCAGCCAUCCCUUAAUCCUCAAUGUUUCAAAUUCUAGCUGAAUGAGAAUCGUUUCCCAAGGCCCACCUAAUAGAUUUUUCUAUUCAACUCUGUGAGUGGGAGAGCAGCAAGCAGCCUUCUCAGACCUAAAUGCCAUGGUCAGCAGUGACUGGCCUGCACGGGGAAGGAGAGCUAGGGUUGUGGAAGGGAGCCUCCAGCAAGAAGGCUCUGCAUGUGAUCCUCAUUAGUGAUAGACGUGGGCUGGGCCAUCUGUGUUCCACGGGAGAACAGAAUGGCAGGCUGCCUUUCAGAUGCCAAGAGAUGCUAUCUAAUGGCAAGAUCCAGAGAGCUCAAAAAGCAGAGAGGCAUCUUUCCUCCUGAGCAUCUCUGUGGGAAACCAGGGACACAGAAAACCAUGGGGUUUUGGAAACUAGCCACUUAACUUGCAGGGCAUUUCACCCUUGCUACCACUUCAUUCUUCAUGUUCAUGGUGGAAGCCAACCAGCAGAGCCCUGCAGCCUUACCUGCUAACUAAACUCCCUGAGAUGGAUCCCAAGCUGAACCUACGUUAUCUUGGAAUCUGUAGACACAAUGGCAGGUGCAUUAUAGCAAGGCACCAGGGUUUGCGAUUAAGCAUCCAAGUCUCCCAGGGGUCAGGAAACACUACAGGUAGAAGAGACCAUUUAAUUGGAUGCUCAGUGAAGAUUCUAGAGGAAUAAUCAAAAAACUUGGAGUACUCGUCUAAAUGGGUCAAAUUAGAAAAUGCAAUUUGGAAGCAAAGAGGAUAACAUCUAACCCAGUAUCAAGCAUGUAGCAGGUAAUGAGUAAAUACUUGUUGAAUGAAUGAAUAGCUAAAAUGGGUAUCUGUCCUUCUACCCUGGAAUGGGUAGGGGAAAGCGGGUAGAAGGGAUUAAAGCUUUUUAACUAACAACUCAGAAACUUGAAACCACAGGAUGUAGAGGGAGCUCAUGAGGGCCUUUAACUACUCAGACAUCUGCUGAGUGAUGGACACAGCUAAAUAUGGAUCAUCAAAGGGCUUUCUAGGUCACAUGGAGGGCAGCUUCAUGAUUCAGAAAAUACGAAAUUCAGCUUGGACAAAAAGACAGAAAUAUUUGCAGUCUACUUCCGAGAGUUCAGGUCAGAACUGACAAAACAAAAAAAGAUAGCACAGAAGUGGAAUUACAACACAGUAAGAGAUCAGCAUAAUAAGAUACAGACUCAUGAGAUGAAAAGAGAUAGAGAACUGGGUUUUCUAGCAGGUUUAUUUGGGCAAGGGAGAUGAGCCUGAACACUCAGUCCAAAAACGGAAGAAAGGACUGAGAAAUCCUUUUUUCUUAAAAACGCUUAACGUUGAGUUCAUGGUAAAAUGGAAAUGUCCAGGCAUUGAUGAAACGGUUGUUAAAUAACAGCUAUCAUUUAUUGUCCAGUCCAAAGCCUAUUGCUUUUAUGACCACUUUUAAACUUCACCAGAACCUUAUGAAGUCAGAGUUAUACGGUUCCCCAUUGGACAAGUGAGGAAACGGAGCAAAUCUCAUGGGGCAGAUCUGGGAUUCAGAUCGGUCAGGAUCUGCCUUUCAGAGCCCAUGUUCGUGCCAGCAGUACCCUGGCUGAGGCCACUGAGCUUCAAGCUCAGUGACAGGGAUUUACUACACCCAACCCCCCCCCCGACCCCACCCCUGUGCAUGAUUACUUCCUUCUCAAAAUGAAAUCCAAGUCCCUCCCCUCCCCCUUCCACAGAGCUGGAGUGGGAAACGGCAUUAGCUUGGGCGCAGUGGCACAGUGUCCAGAGCAGGUCUGGGCGGCAGCAAGUCCAUAUACGCCUUGCCCACCUCCCUUCUUAGGCCCUCUCUCCCAGGCACAGUGGGGCCGCCUCCUAAGACACCGAUCAGAGAACAGAGCACCAACGUGAAUACCUUGGUGUUCAGCCAGAUCAGAGUAUUCACAGAAUAUUAAAGAUCGUAUUAAAGGACACACAGAGACCACAUCAAAGGUCCAGUGAAGUGAGGUCGGGCAGUCAAACAUCAGAAUUUAGUACCUCAUAUCUAAAGGUGGGAUGGAGACUUGAAGUGUCCUUUUAAAAAUGUGUUGAGUGAAUCAUAAUUUGGAGUAAAAAGACUGCUUCUAGAAUAAUGCAAAAAAACUUUUUCCCUUCCAAAAAAAAAUUAUUUUUAAAAUGGAAUCUUCGCAAGAAUUACAAGUGAGGGGCAAUAAAAAUGGUAAUUUCUUUUUAUGUUAGAUAAUACCAAAAAAAAGAAUUUAUAAAUGUCACAAUAUAAGUGGCAAUCCAGAGAAAGAUUCCAGAAAGUCUACUGUGGAGGGACUAAACAACAGUACUUUCAAAGUAAUUAAUGAACUUUAUUUUUCUUGUGCUUUCCUUUAAAGAAAAAAAAAAAAAAACUGGUACCAAGUGGUUACCAGAAAAUGGCAUGAUCUUCAAGAAAAGAAAAAUUUUCCUGGUGGAUAUUUCCUCUCUCCCCAACAUCCUUGAGGUGAAAAGAUUGAGAACUUUUGGUUGGUUGGUUGGCUUUUAACUUAGAGAACCAUCCGUGCAUGGAAGGUGUUAAUGAUAGAGGAUGUCAUUGAAUUGCUGUGUGGGGUUUGCUGUCAUCACACUGCUACCACCAGGCAUUAAGAUGGCAAGAGGCAGGAGAUUCAACUAAAGAGAAGAGGAUCUGACAGCAGGUUGCUGACCCAGCGUACAGCACAGCUGCCCUCUCCUGUAGAAUGGAAAGAAGUCACCUUGUGUGCCUCUCUGUACCGUUAUCCUCAAUGCUCGGUAGAGACCUCAGAGGAAGGAUUAUUGUUAGCAAGUAACCAUCAUUCAAGAAGCCACCACCUGUUAAGGAGGUUCUGAUGGAUGCUUUUCUCUCUCUGCAGAAAACAAGACUCUUCUAUCUUGGAAAAAUCUGGCAAAUGUUCCAUCGAGGCUGCUGAGGAAGGAAGCUAUGGUGGUUUGAAGAAAGAAGCCCUGCCUGGAAAACAAGAGCAACACGGGGAGGGGGCUGCAGUCCUGUCUCAGCCAUGUGGCCUUGGACAUGUCCUGUAGCAUUCUGGGACCUCUCUUUCUCCAUCUAUCACACAAGGGGGGCUCUGAAGACCUUCCCAUUUCACCAAUCUUGCCUUCACCUGGAGUAAACGCUGCCAUCCUUGUUCUCGUGGGUCUUCCACCGGCCCCAAGGCUCCCCUCAGCCCUGCUGACCCCAGAGGGCUACUCCUAGCCCCUCAGCCGAGAAUCUACUUUCCUUCCCUUUUGAGGACUGAUAGUGCUCAGAAAUCAGCUGAUUUGGGGGACCAACAUGGAAAAGAAACACUACAAGGAAACUCUUUGAUAAGCCCUCCACCUAUACAGACAUUUACGCACACACACACACAAAUACAGACACACAUACCCAAUCGGUGAAGUGUAAACCUUUUCCCUUCUGUGUAUCAGACCUCUUUUACCCUUUCUAAUUGCCAGUGUAUUCGGAGAAAAUUCAGUUCCACCAACAGAAAAGCACUGCUUCCUCUUAGGGAACUUAGCCAAAUCUCCGUGUUUGGGGGUGACUCUGGGCUCAGGUUGAAUGAGGCUAAAGGUUCUAACACCCCUCAACUGCAGCCCCUAAAUGCAGACUCUACCAGCUGAGACUGAGGCAGCAACUAGCUAGACAGUGCCAGGGCCCAGAUCCCUCCCUCCAGGCUCGUCCACCUCCACUGCCCACACGCCCACCCAUAGAUAUGUUGUUCCGUAAUGGUGGGUGCCUGCUCCAGCCUGCCUGUCUGCCUGCCUAGAGUGCCGUGGACUUGUUCUGUAAUGUACGGUGUGUGUGUAUGUCUGACUCUGUGGUUUACUGCAAAUAAAAAUGGUAGCAGAUGGCUGGCCUCUGA